UGUUAAGAGGCCGCGCCGGACUUCCAGCAGAGAAGCAGGCGGCCGCGGAGAGCACGUUGGGGCCGAUUGGGAGAGGACCGCGUCGGCCUUCACCCGGCAAGGUAACAGCAUCACCCGGCAAGCUUUGGGCGAGUUACGUCGCUCGUGCUCGCGGGGAAAGACACAGUGGCGCCACUGGAAGAGGAUAUUUCAUCACAACAUCCGGUUUUGGUGUGCAGUAUUUGAGGUGGAAGAAGAGCCCACAAGGGACUUCCCGUUGGAGCCGAGGGGUUCCCCCUCCCCGGGCGCCCCCUGUUCAAUGCCCCAUGAACGCCAUGUGCCAAAGCCGGUGUGGUCUUAACACAGCUGUUUAAGACCCCGUGCUCCUCCUCUCUCUUUAUGAUGAAGAAGGUGGCGGCGUGGUCGGCCGAGGACGUCGCCGACUGGCUGAGCAAAGAGGGCAUGCCGGAGUACAUCGACACCCUGCGCCAAACGGAUGGCGCCGGCCUGCUGCGGCUCACGCGGGCGCACUUCCAGACGCCGCCGCUCCUCCUGGUGUCCUCGGACGGGGGUCAGCAGCUGCUGGAGCGGCUGGAGACGCUGCGGAUCGAGACCCACAUAGAGGCGCACAAAAACGGCCACGCCAACGGCCACGCCUGCGGGCUGCCCAACGGCACGGGCACGCCCUUGAGGAAUGGCACGGUGCACUCCAAGGACUGCAGGGUGGAGAUGGUGCACAUCCCCAUCCCGCCCAUGGAAACCUCGCGCUCCUCCUUCCCGCCCGAGUGGGGAAAGACGGGCGUGGCGUUUGUCUACGCGGUGGUGUGCUUCGUCACCACCACCAUCGUGAUAUCGGUGGUCCACGAGAGAGUGCCGCCGAAAGAGCACACCCCGCCGCUUCCUGAUAAGUUCUUCGACCUGUUCGACCGCAUAGAGUGGGCCUUCUCUAUCUGCGAGAUCAACGGCAUGCUGCUGGUGGCGCUGUGGCUCAUACAGUGGGCUCUCCUCAAGCACAGGUCAAUCAUAGGCAGGCGGUUCUUCUUCAUUGUGGGUACGCUGUAUUUGUACCGGUGUAUUACAAUGUACAUCACCACUCUGCCUGUUCCCGGGAUGCACUUCAAAUGCUCUCCAAAGCUUCUGGGUGACUGGGAGGCGCACAUUAGAAGAGUCAUGAAGAUGAUCGCCGGCGGCGGCCUCUCCAUCACAGGCUCCCACACCAUGUGUGGAGACUACCUGUACAGCGGCCACACCGUCAUGCUGACGCUGACAUACCUCUUCAUCAAGGAGUAUUCCCCCAGACGGUUGUGGUGGUUCCACUGGUUCUGCUGGACCCUCAGCGCCGUGGGAGUUUUCUGCAUCCUCCUGGCCCACGACCACUACACUGUGGAUGUGGUGGUGGCGUACUUCAUCACCACACGCCUCUUCUGGUGGUACCACACCAUGGCCAACCAGCAGUCACUGAAAGAGUCGUCGCAGAGCAACCCCUUCUCGCGGGUGUGGUGGUACCGGCCCUUCCAGUACCUGGAGGAGAGCAUCAGCGGCACGGUACCUUGCACCUACCAGUUCCCGCUGUGGGUGCGCAGCGUGCAGUGGAGCCGGGGCGUGUCCUACAGCCGGCUGGACGUCCAGUGACGCCGGGUCACUGCAGAAGGCUCAGACUGUGAACUCCAAAAGUGGAAGAAGGCACUCUUUGAUGUAGCGCUCCGCCCUCUAAAAAGCAGGUGAUCCCCCUCCCAAACGGGGAAAACUGUGACCCUCGCCCCGUUCCCCCGUUCUUUUUUUUUUGUGCGUUUGUGCGUCCGUCCUCUUACUCUCCAGGUGGUCAUGACAACACUCAGCACUAACCUUUUUAUUUCUGAAUACUUGCUGAUUUUCCAAGCAUUUCAAAAACGUUUUCAGCACAAAAUGCUCAAGCCCCGCCCCCUUUGCUCCAAGUCCAAAAUGCCAAAUGCAUUUUUUUUGUAAAAAAAAAAAAAAAAGUCGAAGGUGCAAAUACUAUUUUUUCAAAGUAUGUUUAUUUUUCGACUAAAACAACUAAUGAUGUCCACCAAAAUAUAUUUUUUUUUUUUAGAUUUUUACCUUUUUCAAAUAUGAGAAUCUUAAUGUAAGGAAAUAUCUCAGUGCCUUUCUUAGCUUGAUUGUAAAAAAAACAACAACUUUGUCUCGCUUCCUUCUGACGUUUUUUGUCCCCCUGAAUGUAAAAAAAAAGAAAAAAGAAAAAAAACCCGUCAUCCUCAGCGCAGGUUUGGUCUUUGCGAAAAGGAAACAUGUCUCCGGUAUGUAUUUAUGAAUGCUUUCUAACGUCCUCGUGCGCUCGCUGAGUGAGGAACCAUGACUGUUAAUUGUACCUUCAAAAUGUCCGUCGUACUUUUCAUUCCUCUAGACGAGUCUUGAAGCAACACCAGCCUCCGCUCACGAGUCCCGGGCUGUCGACUGAAGGCUUGCGGGAAAGGGAUGAUGUUAAAGUUGUAUAAGAGUCAAACAGGAGCUUGAGGCAAAGCUUCUGAAUGUGCUUCAUAGGAUUUAAAAUCUGGAGAUUUCACUGUCCUCCAAAUGCAGAGCAAAAAGACUCUUACUCAAAGCCCCUUUCACACAGAAAUCCGGCAAAAUUACUGCAGUGGAUCCAGUGCUGUCGUCGCUGUUUGCGAGUAUUGCUUUAAACACAACAGGGCGGACGAAGUAAGUGUUAAACUUCACAACCCUUUCUUGGCUUUGCAAAAUACCCUUACACACAGGACUUUGUCCCACCUCUGUCAAGGCUCAAUCCCCUUUAUUAACACCUUUAUUUUGCUGCAGCUGGGUAUGAACAUCAAAAACAAACAAAUCAACCCGGCACAAAUUAUUCAUCUUUUUUUAGCGAUAGUGCCAGAGGCGGGACAGGGCUUCUGUGUGUAAAGGAAUGCUGGAAAAGGUGGAGACAGUAGUUUGAAGUGUGUCCCCCAAGACUUACUUUUGUUUGUGUCGUGGCAUGAACUGCUGUUUUGAGUGGUAACAAGAGUCAAAAUGCCAGCACAAUCAUUUCUUUUGUCCGUUUUGGCCAGAAUUUUGCUGUUCUGUAUGAACUGCACCAACACGUAAUAGGGGUUAAACAUAGACCAGGCCAUUUUCCACCUCUGAGGUGGUAAGGCAAUGCUAGAAAGGCAGGAGGGAGAUGUGGAGUUUGUCGCCCAAAACUCCUUUUCCAUAAAUGGUAGAUUUUUUUUCCCGACCAUAUUUCUGUGUCUCUGUUCUGUAUGAACAGCCCCAACACGGAUCAGUGGUUAGAAUUCAACAAGGCCUUUCGAGGCAAAGCUACUGAAUGUGCUUCAUAGGAUAUAUCAUUUGGAGAUUUCACUGUCCUCCAAAAGCGUAGCAAAAAGACUCUUACUCAAAGCCCCUUUCACACAGAAAUCCGGCAAAAUUACUGCAGUGGAUCCAGUGUUGUCGUCGCUGUUUGCGACUAUUGCUUUAAACACAACACGGCGGACGAAGUAAGUGUUAAACUUCACAACCCUUUCUUGGCUUUGCAAAAUACCCUUACACACAGGACUUUGUCCCACCUCUGUCAAGGCUCAGGCCCCAAGCCCCUUUAUUAACACCUUUAUUUUGCUGCAGCUGGGUAUGAACAUCAAAAACAAACAAAUUAACCCGGCACAAAUUGUCCGUCUUUUUUUAGCGGUAGUGCCAGAGGCGGGACAUGGCUUCUGUGUGUAAAGGAAUGCUGGAAGACAGUAGUUUGAAGUUUGUCACCCAAGACUUACUUUUGUUUGUGUCGUGGCACGAGCUGCUGCUUUGAAAUCAUACCAGAGCGGUAACACGAGUCAGAAUGCCAGGACAAUCAUUUUUUUUUGUCCUUUUUGGCCAGAAUUUUGCUGUUCUGUCUGAAUUGCACCAACGCUGUAUAAGGGUAAACAUGGACCCGGCCGUUUUCCACCUCUGAGGUGGUAAGGCAAUGCUAGAAAGGCAGGAGGAGAAAACUCCUUUCCCACAAAUGGUAGAUUUUUUUUUCUACCAUGUUUCUGUGUCUCUGUUCUGUAUGAAGAGCACCAACACAGAUCAGUGGUCAGAUUUCAACAAGGCCUCUCGUUCCAGAGUGGAAACAGAGGCGGAAGGAAACAUCUUUGUGUAAGGAAAAAACUCACUCCCUCCAGGUAAUUUCCCCCUUUUUUCCACCCGCCGUUAUUGUUCUGUAUGAACAGCACUAACACAGAAUGGUCCGAGCAAAGCAGUAACAGAGGCGGCAAAAGGGGUCUGUGUGUAAAGUAGGACGGGAUGUAAAGUUUGUCAAUCAAGACUCACGUCUCACUGCUCUUGCACUUUUUACACAGUUUAUGAAGGCUAACCUUUUCAUGUCAUUUUUCUGUAGAACUGGCACCGGCACUAAAUGGCAGAAUGAAAUUGACAAGACAAUUUUUUCUUUUUUCAACUUAGGCUGUAAUUAGUAAAUGUUAAAAAGGUGGGAAUGUGUAACCCAAAACUCACUUCACUAAGCUCCUAUCCUACAGUUAAGCAGCAACAGAGGCAGGACGAGGCUUCUGUGUGAUGCUGAAAAGGCGGUAAAAAUGCCAGUAAAAGCCACAUGGUACUGUGCAUACAGAACAGUGUAUGACAGGGAAUCGGAGUUAGCAAUUGACCAGGUAAUUUUUAAAGCUACUUCUGCACUGUUCUGUAUGAACAGUACUGACACGAAUCAGGCUUUGAAAUCGACCAGGCAAUUUCCCACCUUCAGAUUUAGUCAGAGAAUGGUAGAGAGGUGGGGCAGGGGCUGAAAUGUGUAACCCAAAACUCACUUCACCAAGCUCCUGUCCUACAGUAAAGCAGCAACAGAGGCAGGACAAGGCUUCAGUGUGUAAGAGAAUGCAGAAAAGGUGUUGUAAAAAGCACACAGCACUGUGCAUACAAAACAGUGUAUAACAUGGAGUCGGUGUUAGAAAUCUACCAUGCAAUUUCCCACCUUCAGUUUUAGUCAGAAUGGCUAGAGAGGUGUGGCAGAUGAUGAAAUUGGUCUCGCAAAACUCACUUAACCCCUUUCACACUGCCUUUAAAUGUUUUGUACCAAAGCAGUAACAGAGGCGGACCGGCAAGAUCUGAGACUCCCUUCUCCUGCGCUGUUGUGUUGAAAGCGAUUCAUGCAUCAUGUGAUUGCCGGAGGUUGUGUGAAAGCACACACAGUCACGGCAGUGUCACGCUUGUGUGGGUCCUGUGUAAAAGGCACAGGCGAGUGGUGACUUUGUGGGAUUUCUUUGUGAAAGGGGCUUCUCGUACUACCUUGAAACGGGCGUGUUUGGUGUGGCAGAGCAGCUCUGAAAGGCCGUGGUCCAGCAAAGUGAAAGUGCUCCUGCUCACGUUGCAGCAAAGUGAAAGUGCUCCUGCUCACAUAGCAGCAAAGUGAAAGUGAUCCUGCUCACGUUGCAGCAAAGUGAAAGUUCUCCUGCUCACGUUGCAGCAAAGUGAAAGUGAUCCUGCUCACGUUGCAGCAACUGGACUUCAACAGUCCGCCCAGACUGAAAAUUUGAGUCUUUUUCAUUUCAAAAUCGGAAGACUUUCCUCACGGUCGGUGUAAUGAACGGGUUUGUCCGCUCAAGCGUUUCAAAGGGAGCAGGCCAGGGAAAUAUCUUUGUGACUUUUGCACAGUGUUUUUAACGUAUAGAGCGGCGCUGUCCAAGCUUUUUGUUUUUUUGUUUUCCUUUUCUACAAGAGCACAAAAUGUUCCUCGGCCAUGUUGUGGUGAUUAGCUUGAAGGAAUUGUCCAAAUUGGACUGCUACUGUGUGACGGGGCGUGGAAUGAAGGACAGAGAAGACGUUUGUCUCUUAGUUUGCCAAUCAAGCUGUUUGUUUUUAUUUUUUUAAUUAUUAUUAAUGAUUGUUAUUAUCCUGUAUGUUCUUCUGUCCAUUUUUUUUGGUCCAGUUUUGUGCAUAUAUCAGAUGUUUGUAAGAUAAAGGAAUCCAAAUGGGACGCUAUUGAAUUAAAGAUUUUACUAUAUUAUACUUUUA